CGUUUCCUUUAAAACAGAACCCCUUAAAAUUGAGAUCGAUAUUCCAUUAUUCCUUGGAAACCAAGGAACAGAGGAAAACCAUGCUCUGAUACCAAAAUGUAACACCCUAGCCUGGCCAGGUUAGGGUGUUACAUUGAAUGAGCGAUCAAUGGCAACCGUGUGGAGCAAGACAAACUCACCCCGGAGAGCUCCCAUGGUGAGGAUGCACAAGAGGGUUGCAUUGACGACUUUCAAACCCUUUCUGAGAGCAACUUUGAAGACCAAGUCACGAGUGUGGAGGAGCAAGAGAAUACUUUUUAUGAUCUUGCAUGGAAUCUUGCCCUCCAAACAGUACUUGAGGGCAUGAAUGGGAAAGAGAAGGAAGAGGUUGAAGAGGAGGAAGAAAACAUUGAAAAAGGGGAAAAUCUUGAUUGUUCCCACAAGGAGGAAAGUGAACAAGAAGGAAUGGAGGUUGAGGAAGAAGAAGAAGAAGGAGCAAGUGGUGUCCAAGAUGAGGACGAGGUUGGGGUGGAUGAAGCAUCCACGAGUUACAAAUGUUAUCAAUACUUUCUACCCGACCUUGACGCACUUUUGGAGAAGGAACCAUUUGCGGCUCUUUGCCAAGCCAAGGCCAAACCACCGGCUAUCCAUCUUGGUGGAUGCGAUGGAAGUCAAUCAAUGAUGGACUACAUGGUGUGGGGGCAAAGAGAAAGAAGAGGAAAAGAAGAAGAGGUCUCAUGGGUGGAGCCUCAUGACAACUCAAGUUCACGAGCCCUCAAUCAUGGAUUCAUCCAAAGUUCGUGACUUUAGACUUCAUCUUACCAACGAGAACCUCAACUUCAAGGAGAUUCUUGGGUGGACCGAAACUAGAGGAGCAAUCGUCCGGCUGACGACGUUAAAGAAGCGCUUGGUGGGAGGCAACCCAACCAUCAGCGGUUUGCAUUUCUUUUCCUUUAAAUAAUACAACCAAUGGAGA